CCUGCCCCGCCGCCGCCCCGGCCCGCACUCACGCUCGAAGUCCGAGUCCGAGUCCUCGUCGCCGCGGUCGGGCUCCUCCUCGCCGUUGGACUCGGUCUGCAUGGGCUCCCCGUCGAAGUUGACCCCCCUGCGGCCGCCGCCGGCCGCCGCCGCGGCCUCCUGGUCGCGGGCAUCCCGCAGGCGGGCGAAGUAGUCGGCGGCGAAGCCGAGGAGGUCGGACGGCCGGUGCCGCAGCACCUCCACCGUGUAGCCCUGCAGCAGCUCGAACGAAGCUAACGGCUUUGUGUAAUAACAAGAAAAUAGAGGCUGUGGAGGCUGAUGGAAACUCUGCUUCUCAUCGUCCAUCAUCUUCAGUAUUUAGCUGUAUUUAUAGCAUAAGGAAGCUUUUUUACAGCUUUCUUCAGAUAUUUAUCACAUUCACUGGAAGAGAAAGUGACAAAGGGAUUUCAGAGAAAAAAUGCGAUCAGGACUUCCAGAGAGAGAUCCAAAUACCAAAGAUGAGAUUCCACCACCUACAACAACAAAGCCAGCAAACAACUGCCAAUGUUAACUCCAGUCUUUAGCUUCAGAUAUUAAUAUCACAACAUUUUGAGCCAUCAGUGUUUCUUUACAAAACAAAAAGACACACAUUUGGAAGAAGUAGAUGGAAACAGAGCUCAGAUGAAAUCAAAAGAACGAUAAAGUUUGUUGGAGAAAAAGAAGCUACAUUUGCUUUCCUGGUCUGCAGUUGACAGGGCAUUAAGAUGUCCGUGGACAUGAACAGCCAGGGCUCUGACAGCAAUGAAGAGGAUUAUGACCCUAAUUGCGAGGAGGAGGAAGAGGAUGAGGAUCCUGGGGAUAUUGAGGAUUAUUAUGAUGGGGUAGCUAACGACGUGGAGCAGCAGGGAGCAGAUGCCUUUGAUCCAGAGGAGUAUCAGUUCACCUGCCUGACUUACAAGGAGUCGGAGAGCACUCUGAAUGAACACAUGGCCAGCUUGGCUGCCACGUUAAAGGUAUCGCAUGCUGUUGCUAAGCUUGUUUUAGUUAGUUUCCACUGGCAAAUCUCAGAGAUUUUGGAAAGGCACAAAUCUAAUGCUGCCCAGUUGCUAGUAGAAGCACGAGUUCAGCCCACCUCAUCCAAACACGCAAUGGUACAUUCCUCUCAUCACUGCGCAGUGUGUAUGCAGUUUGUCCGGAAGGAGAACUUGCUCUCUCUGGCUUGUCAGCACCAGUUCUGCCGCAGCUGUUGGGAGCAGCACUGUACAGUGCUCGUCAAGGAUGGUGUCGGAGUUGGGGUCUCCUGCAUGGCUCAGGACUGCCUGCUUCGGACACCAGAAGACUUUGUGUUUCCAUUGCUGCCUAGUGAGGAGCUGAAAGACAAAUACAGGCGCUACCUCUUCAGGGACUAUGUGGAGAGCCAUUAUCAGCUGCAGCUGUGUCCUGGUGCGGACUGCCCUAUGGUCAUACAGGUACAGGAGCCGAAAGCCCGGCGAGUGCAGUGCAAUCGUUGCAAUGAGGUCUUCUGCUUCAAGUGUCGGCAGAUGUACCACGCACCCACAGACUGUGCUACCAUUCGGAAAUGGCUCACCAAGUGUGCAGAUGACUCCGAAACAGCCAACUACAUCAGUGCUCACACUAAAGACUGCCCCAAGUGCAAUAUCUGUAUUGAAAAGAAUGGAGGCUGCAAUCACAUGCAAUGCUCCAAAUGCAAGCAUGACUUCUGCUGGAUGUGUCUGGGAGACUGGAAGACUCACGGCAGCGAGUACUACGAAUGCAGUCGGUACAAAGAGAAUCCUGAUAUUGUAAACCAGAGUCAGCAAGCACAGGCCAGGGAGGCCCUUAAGAAGUACUUGUUCUAUUUUGAGAGGUGGGAGAAUCACAAUAAAAGCUUGCAGUUGGAGGCACAGACAUACCAACGAAUUCAGGAGAAAAUCCAAGAAAGAGUUAUGAACAACUUGGGAACAUGGAUAGACUGGCAAUACCUACAAAAUGCUGCAAAGCUGCUUGCAAAGUGUCGUUACACCCUGCAGUACACAUAUCCGUAUGCCUACUACAUGGAGUCGGGUCCCAGAAAGAAACUGUUUGAAUACCAGCAGGCCCAAUUGGAAGCUGAAAUUGAAAAUCUCUCAUGGAAGGUGGAACGAGCAGAUAGCUAUGACAGAGGGGACUUAGAGAAUCAGAUGCACAUAGCAGAGCAGAGACGGAGGACCCUGCUGAAAGACUUCCAUGAUACAUAAGGCAGGAGAAAGUGACAGAGUGCAGGGGUGAGAGCAGCGAGUGAAGUGAUGGCAGCUUCACCGUGAUAAGCAGGCACUGCCUCUGGGAGAACAUGGCCAAGGACAAAGCCUCCCCUCCCCUUGCAAGUCAGACACAUGCAAACACCACAUCUUAGUCCAGUUUGUUCUCUUAUCUUUCUGUUUCUGUUUCUGCCAGGCUAGAGGCCAGAGUUCAGAUUGGCAUAUUUCCUGGGACAUUUCCCCUCCUGCCCUUGAUGGUUUCAGAAGGGGAGGGAGUUUUUUCUCUGAAUGGCUGUUAAUAGUAUUAGAUAAUUACAAUUUAUGUAAUUUUCAACGGUUGUACAAUUAUACAAACAAACCUUAGAAUAACACACAACCCUUUUUAAAAAUAAAUUGGCAGUGGAGUGUUUUUCCUUAAUCUGCUUGUAAAUUUAAUGGGCUUUUCCUCUUCUCCCCUCCUCUGACCCAAAAGUCCUCCAAGGCACUGAAGGAGGUCACCAAAUAACUCUGCUAGAUCUCCUGAUCCUCCUCUAACCAGGGCUUUGUAGCAUUGGCAUUGCAUGGGGAGAGUGGCUGGUGCUAAGAGUGGCUGCUGCUGUGUCUGACCUGACAGUACCAGCAGUGGCUGUGAUUUAACGCAAUUACAUGUGGCAUCUCUUAUAAAUCAGCUGUGCAAAAUCCUGCUACAUAAACAAAAGUGAACAGAGGGAUUGUAGGAGAGACACCAGGUUAAUACUGGAGAGUAUGCUUUGAGGCAGGUCAGAUCCUUGCAUUUGAUGAAUUUUAGGUCUUCCAUGUAGAUUUUUGCUUUACUUGUUUUGUGGGGAGGGCAUUGUACUGCCAAAGUGAGUGACAAGGGCAUAGUAGCAUCCUGUUGUUAAUCAAGGCUUGGGAUUUUUGCAGAAUGAGAAAAUCCAUGUUAUAACAGUGCCAUACAACUUGGUAAAGAUUAUUUGUGCCUGCUGGGUAACAUGGUUGAGAAAAUUUGAUCGCAUUCGUCAAGGUGAAACUUAAUGCCACUACAUCACGAGGAGGAACAAUUAUGUACAACACACUCCCUGGCACAUGUUGGUAGUGUGGUCAGGCACUUGAAUACCGGUGCACUGCUUGUGCAGAGCCAGGCAGAAAAUUAACUGGCAAAAUUAAUUUAUUUGUAUAUUAGUAUUGAUGCUGGUGGAGACUUACCAGAAAAUUGAUUGUUAGAAGCAUGUGGAGCUUUUUUAUUAACAUUCUUUUUCUAAUGUAAAAUAUACACUAAAAUAAAAAUGUGAAAACCCAGUUCAUCUUAGCAGGGGCUUAACGUGAAAAUGGUUAUUUAAAUGCUGAUGCUUGCCUGUUUGCUAUAGGAAGCAGGUCACGUGUUAAGAUUUCACAGACAUAUGUCUCCUGCACUAGGAACAUGUAUGCAGGCCAGUAAGGUGGAGUUGGAGUCUCUGAUGUGAGGAGAUCUUUACUUCUGUGGAGAAGUCAUGGGAUUUCUCUUUCAUGCCACAUUUGGAGGCAUUGCCUUUGAUGCAUCUCUGUACUGUCAUGUUGUUCUUACACAAUGUCACUUGACAAAGAUUAAACUGGAGGGGGAAAAGUCCUAAAUUCCUGUGUGUCAGAAUAAGCUAACUCUGCUGUUGGAGCCAUUUCACAUCUGUCUGAGAUGUGUGAGACAGGUAUUUGCAGCAUGUAUAACUGGCAGGUGAAUUUUAACAAGAGAGAUUUAUCAGUUUAAAAGAGGAAUAGUUGUCAUAUGAACUAAUGCUGUGGCCAUUCCCCUCUUUAGGCUGGAGCUGUGGGGGCAGAUAUUUCCUUGUUCCAACCACCAUCUCCUGAUCUCAUUCCCUCCUCUGCAACAGCCUCUUUGUGCCCUCCUCAAAAUGUACCCUACGGGUCUGUCUUUUCCUUCCCAAAUGAUUCCCAAAGUCUGGGGAAGCUGGAUGCAGGGGAAGGCAGGAGCACAGGAUGAAGUGUGCUGUGUGCCCAGCAGUUUACGGUGUCUACAACUAAUCUUUAAACUGUUCUUUAAAGAUGCAAAGUACAAGGUACUAAGCUAGGAUUAAAAAAUGGUGUUCUUGUUGUCUAAGUGUGACUAGCUAACACCCAAUCUCUUUGCAGAACAGGUCUAUGGAAUUUCCUAAUCCCAAAGAGCGCUCUCACUGUUGUUACAUAGUUGUUUGGCUUUGAGCUACAUGAGAAGCAUUUUUGUCUCUCUCUCCUUCUCUCUCUCUCCCAUGCCCCCACAAAUAUGCUUUGCUAAGAAUCCUUGGUUCAUAGCUAGGCCAAAUAGCUGCAGCCAAACUUACCGAACAGACUGCUGAGGUGCUUCGCUGCGGAUUAGUAAUACCUGUUGCAUCAAGUGCCCUCUAAUUCUUCGAAAUUUCAUGAAGCUAGAGCCUUGUCAUCAGUUUUAUCCCCCCCACACAAACACACACGCCCUUUAGGAAGGCUGUGAAUGUCCUGGUUUGCGUGUGUAGACCCUACUUCUGUGCUUACUGGGAAAACAACAGGACUUAUUUUUGCAGCCCAGGCAGGGUGACUUCUGUGUUGCUGUCAUACAGAAAGUCACAGACUCUGAGAUGAAAACUGCACUAUUGGCUGUUUGUAUGAAGUGACUGAUGCUGCUCAAGAGGCAAAUGACAAGCAGGAAAGAAAACAGGUUUCUGACAUCAGAGCCGAAGGCCAGUUUUUUUCCCCUCUAUUAGCUGGGUACGCAGCCCUAUUCAAGUCAGUGCGGCUACAUGAAUGUAGACGAUUAGAAACUGGUUUGUGAGCCAUUGUCCUGAGGCACGUGUUUCCCUUUGAUGCAUUACUACUGCAGUCGUGGAAUGCCUGUUCUUUUUUUUUCUUUUUUUUUCUUUUUUUUUUCUUUUUUUGCAUUGGUUCCCACUCCUGCACCAGCCUGACACCUCCUCCUCAUCCUUGCAUCCGAUGCUCUCUCAUUUCAGCUUUGCUCGUGUUAAUGCAUUGGCUGCCUCAUCUCUAAUAGUCCUCAGGCUUCCCAGACUGUAACAAAAGGUUUUCUACUGACAACAUAAACUGCAUGACUGCUGCUCCACGCACUGAGGAAUGCGCCGUUCCCAUGCGGAGCAGCAGGAGGUUUCUGUACUAUAAUCUUGCACUCUUAAAUUUUAGACUUUUUAAGCGGGUGAAAAAUAGAACUUUAUUUUUAAAUGAGACACUUGUUCCGGGGCUUCCUUUCCAUGCCCGGGUCUGGUCAGGUGGUUCAGGUCUGGGGGCAGCAGGUGCUGCAGAGGCGGGGGAUGCCCCGUGUCCCAGAGGGGCGGCACUGGGGGUCCCACGAAGCAGCUGCCCCCCCCCCCCCGGCUUUUCUUCGCAGGCACUGGAGAGGGGCAGGGGAAACAGACGGUUGCAGUCGGUGUAUUGGAAAUAAAUUGUGACUUUCUAAUUUUA